AUGAAGAGAAGAGCGAGGGAGGGGAAGAAGGCGGAGCGACGCCGCCGCCGCUGCCGCCGGCGGUGGGACGUCUCGGAGGACGAGGCGGUCUCCCAGAGGCUGCGGGCGUUGAGCGAGCUGAUGCCCUCCUGCGGGGGCGGAAACGCCGCGGCGGUGGCGGAUCGUCUGUUCGAGGAGACGGCCAACUACAUCAUCCGGCUGAGGACUUGUGUCGACACCCUGCGGGUUUUAGUAGAGCUCUACGGAUCUCCCGGUAGAUAA